ACUGACAUACCAUUACGAAAUCCUUGUUUUGAUGCGCAUCUCCGUGAAUCAACAAAAAAAACAAACUUGCAUCCAAAAUAAAGCAUCAAAAUACCAAUCAAUAACUAGUGCAACACGUAAAAUGGUGGGCUACAACGCAGAAGGGCCCGAAAGGGACACCCUGGUGGUGUAUAUGGAGGAGAAGGACCGUAUUGAGCGGGAACUGGUGGAUCUGAACCGGGUGCUGGCGAGGAACCAGGUGGGCAUGACGGACCCCCUGGUGGACGCCGAGGGGUUCCCGCGCUCCGACAUCGACGUCUACCAGGUGCGGAACGCCCGCCACAGGAUUAUAUGCUUGAAGAAUGACCUGAAGGAAGUCAUGAAGCACAUCGAGCGUGGGCUGCACGCCAUGCAUGCUGCCUUCAUGGGGCCCUACGGGGAGGGGCCCUCCAGUGGGCAGGCUGCAGGUGGCUCAGCCAGCGGCGCAGCUUCCAGCAGCCGCGCCAACGGACACGUCCCGAACGGACACGCGACGAACGGACAUGCGACGAACGGACACGCGACGAACGGACACGCGACUAAUGGACACGACGGGGUGGACGACGAGAGGGUUGCGCUGGUGGUGGCCGGGACCAGGGACAUGCAGGUGGCUGAUAGAGCCUUCCUGAAGGUCAACAUGGUCAGCUCCGGGUCGCCUGCUGAUACUGCUGGCAUCCGCGUCGGCGACGAGGUGGUCCAGUUCGGCUCGGUCACGUCCGUGAACUUCGACAACCUGUCGCAGAUCGCGGGCGUGGUGCACCACUGCGUCGGCUCGCGAGUUGACAUCCGUCUGCGCAGGGGCGACGAGAUCGUGACCGUCAGCCUGAUCCCGGGCCCGUGGGCCGGCCGCGGGCUGCUCGGCUGCAACGUGGUCCCGGUGUAGACCCCCCACGGAGCAUCGAUCGGUGUUGUGGUAGACCCCCCGUGGACUUAGACUGAGUUUGCGGUUGUGAAGUUUUGCGCGCGUUGAUUGUUUUGGCAUUUUGGGUAUUGUUUUUAAAAUAGAAAUAAUCUUAUGUUGACUGUGGAGCUGCAUCGAAAUAGCUGAAGCGUUUUUGUUUAUGUUGCAAAAAACAUUAUUUUUUAGAGAAAAUAUUUAUAAUUGCUACGCAGCGCAGCGCUUUAAAACUUCGUAACCGUGAAGUCAGACUAGGUCCCCUGUCUCGUUUAUUGGCAGAUUCUAUUCCCAUCUUGGUGUUUUUUGUUAAACAGAAAAUCUCCAAGUUUCGUUUUAAGGUGGCGACGCUAGGUGGCGCUGUCACAGUGCAGUGUUUCUAUUCUGUUAGUUAUACUAAAAUUAGUUUAAUAAUUUUGUAACUUUCCUACAAUAACAAAAGCUUUUUGUACAAUGAAAUUGAAAAUAUUUAUGUCAAUUCGAUUGAUACCUUUUCAUAAAAUUUUGUAACAAAAUGAAGUAACAGUUUUUACAAAUGCUUGAUUUAUGUUAUGCAUAUUAUAGAAUCCGUACCAACAAAGACUUUACAUACAAGAAUAUUAAGCCAGCAAAACUAUUGCUUGUUCCUAGAUCAUCCAGUGAAUUAAUUGUUUAAUCAAAAUGGCUACUGAACCGACCAUUCACAAGAAAGCUUUAGGGCCAAGCGGCAGUGGCGCCAUCUUAGCGCAUUUAACUUUGAGUUUUAUUCAAGGUUUCAUCUCUUAUAGUUUCUAUUAUAUAAUUAUUGUUGUACAACUUUUCCAUUCACUUUUAUACACAGAAACAUUGUACGAACCUAGUCUAUUUAUUGUAACUGCUUCGUAGUGCUAGUAGGUGUAAAUAAAUGUAUAAAAUAAUA